AUGAAAGUGAAGUCAAGCACAACAAUGAACUCGUGCUUAACAAGAAGAGACAAGGGAAGCCAUCCUGCAUCAGUUGCGGCUGUGAAUCUUGCUCAUGCUUAUUUGAGGAGCAUAGUUUUUUUUAAUUACAACAACGAUGUGUCCCAUUACAAGCCUAAAAGUAGUUCUUCGUGUUGUUCAAUAAGAACGUUAUUUGUCGCAGUUGUUUCUGUUUCAACGACUCUUGAUUGCUUCACAUCGUUUCUUAGUCUUUUCUCAAACCUUCUUUUGCCAUUUGGGGAAAAACUGGACCUAACAGUCAUGCGUGCGUUUGGGGAGAACUGGACUGAACAGUCCACAACCAUGGAUCCUUCUCCGUUCUGCUUUGAUGGUUGGAGCUGCCCGGUCCACAAUUCACGCCCGAUAAAAUUUGAAGCUUCGACAUGGGUUCUACAGUUUCUACUCAACUCGAAGGUAGAUACAGAAACGCUGUGGAGAGAAAUGAGGAAAGCUCUGUCGAAGCCGACGAGAAGAAGAAGAAGAAGAGGAGCUAUGGCCGGUAGCCAAUCCGCUGUAGCAAGGGCGACGUUCCAUCUUCCCUUAGAGAUAACGACCGAAAUCCUAUCGAGGCUUCCAGUGAAAUCCCUCUUGCGAUUCAAGUCCGUUUGCAAAACCUGGUAUGAUCUGAUCAAAACCCCUGAUUUCAUUUCCAAACAUCUUCAGACCCACUCCACUAUCAACUCCACCUCUCUUCUUGUAACCAAGUACAAUCGCAAAACCCAAGAGCACGCCAUGUCUUUAGUUUUCAACGAUGGGUUUCAUAGCAACGGCCCAAUCAGUCUCGAUUUCCCAUUUUUGAAUAGGAUGCCUAGUCUUCGCAGUUGCGAGUACAGUAGGGGAGAUUAUUUCUAUAUUGGGGGUAUCUGUAAUGGUUUGGUUUGCAUCAGUCUAUCUCCCUUUGGAUAUCCUUUGAUUCUAUGCAACCCCGCCACCAGACAGUUUCAGGAAAUUCCGAAUUCCGAAUGGAAAUGGUUGGAUGAUCAUGUAGAAAUUAUUCAGGUUAGUUUUGGGUUUGGCUACCAUCCUGGUGGUAAUGAUUACAAGUUGAUUAGGAUUGUGCUUUAUUCAAGUCUAAUGGAGGAAGACUCUUUCAAAGCUGAUGUUUAUGUGAUGAGGACUGGUACUUGGAGAGAAAUCGAUGCGGAUAAGGUUUCGGGGUUCCUUGGGGAGAAGGAUAAUUUAGGGAGGCUUGGUAGCUACGUGCUAAUUGAUGGAUUUUGUGCUUCAGCAGUCUUGAAUGGAGUUUUCUAUUGGACGGCGUGUGUAAUGUCCACGAAUGAAACAUGUGUAAUGUCCUUCGACAUGGGUGAUGAGGUGUUUAGAAGAAUAAGAAUGCCAGUGUGUUUGGAUGGGAGAUGGGAUGAAACUAACUGGUGGAUUGCAGAAUUGAAGGAUGAACUUGCUCUGGUUAUUAAUUUUGAUGACAGGCACAUUGAUUUGUGGGUGUUGAAUGAAGACCAUAGUUCUUGGACUAACCAAUUUAAAGUUGGAUGUUUUCCGAGGAUUGAACGUUAUGUGGGAUAUGGUGAAACCACAGUGGUGGGAGGUUCAAAAAAUGGUGAAUUGGUGGUGACAAAGCAUGAAGUAUGUGGGGAUUUAAAGUUGUUUUUGUAUGAUCUGAAUACCCGGGAAACUAUGGAUUUUCAUUUUGGUCGUGUUCCGUAUCCUUCUGAUAUUUACUUGUAUACGGGGACCCUGCUUCCACUUCCAGUCGUGGAAACCAAUGAAGUCGUGAAGCGUUGGUGGAACUGACUCAGAUUUGAUGUAUGGGUUUAGAAUGAAAUAAGAGAUCCUGGACUAGAAAAUUGAAUGUCAAACCUUUCCCAAGUAUUGCAGCUCCUGUGGGAAGUGGGGAAACAAAUGUGAUCAGACCGGUGGGAUGUGCUGAAUAUGGUGAAAUCAUAGCGAACAACACUAAAAAAUCUGGUGAUUCAAGUCUCUUGUUGGAUUAUCCUGAGAGCCAAGAUGUUAGCAAUUUUUUUUAUCCAUUUCUAUUAUUGAUACACGGAGAUUCUAUCAGACAUGAACGUGAAGUCAAGCACAACAAUGAACUCGUGCUUAACAAGAAGAGACAAGGGAAAACGCAGCAGUUAAUUCAUGUAAAAGACUCCUGCCAUCCUGCGUCACAUGCGGCUGUGAAUCUUGCUCAUGCUUAUUUUUUAUCUCCCUCUUUCUUUAUUUUCUAAUGAAGCUGCAUUAGUUCGACUUCCUUAAUGAAAUUCAUCUUCCAUACAGUUUACUUACAACAAUGGUGUGUCCCAUUGCAAACCUAAAAGUAGUUCUUUGUGUUGUUCAAUAAGAAUGUAAUUCGUCUCAGUUGUUUCUGUUUCAAU